AUGCUUGGGUUCCUGAGUUUUAUCGUCAACUACGCAAUGAGGAUCAACAUGAGCCUGGCAAUAGUGGCCAUGGUGAACCACACGGCCGUCAAUUCCCCUGCCCUCAACUACACUGGCCAGGACUCCAUCGCUGACCGUUGCCAAGGGGAUGGCAACUCCGACGAGAAGGAAGCUCUACAAGGUCUUCAAACUAUUCAUGAGCAGGACGGAGAAUUCGUAUGGAGUGAAAGCGAGCAGUCGUUGAUCCUGGGGUCGCUGUUCUUCGGCUACAUCACGACCCAGAUCAUUGGAGGUCGCCUUGGGGAGAUCCUAGGCGGGAAACGGGUUCUGGCUUACCCGCUUCUGGUAGCUGCCCUCUUGACACUGCUCACCCCCCUCGCUGCCAGAGUCCACCACCUCCUCCUCCUAGCCGUUCGGAUACUCAUCGGUGUCUGUGAGAGCGAAAGGUCAUUUUUCCUGGUACAUUCUUUUUGGAAUCCCAUAGGUUCUCAUGCGGGGACGGUGAUCACGUUCCCGAUUUCGGGUGUGAUAAUCUCCAACCUCGGGUGGGAGUGGGUGUUUUACAUCAUCGGGAUUGUGUCCCUCAUCUGGUUCGGCCUCUGGAUGCUUCUCGUUUUUGACACUCCCGAGGACAAUCCUUACAUGUCGGACAAGGAGAAGACUUACAUCCUGCAGGCACUCGGCACUCACAACUCACCCGAACAGCGAAAGGCUCAAAGCUUUCCGUGGAAAUCGGUGAUAAGAUCGACUCCUUUCUGGGCGCUGCUGACGGCCCACGCGUGCAACAACUGGGGCUACUGGCUCCUCCUCACCGAGAUGCCCAAGUACAUGAAGAACAUUCUCCAAUUCAAGAUAGAAAAGGUCGGACUCACCUCGUCCACCCCUUUCUUCAAGAUGUUGUUGCACGAUGCGUGCCUUGAUUGGGUUUCCAAAUGA